CGGCUUUUUCUGCAAGAGUAUUUCUUUAAAACCUUCCUAUAAUUCUUUAGAUAUAAGGCAUAUUGAAGAUAACGCCACUGUUUACUAUAAUAAUCAAGAAAAAGGGACCGGAUGCUUGAUGGUGAAAGAGAGUUCUCUCACCUGGUGGUCAGAAAGUUCUCAAAUUGGAUUUGAGCUUGAUUAUCCUUUAAUUAUGUGUCACGCUAUUUGUUCAGAUAAUCUUUCGUUUAUGCCCACUCCUUGUCUUUUCUGCCAACUAGAUUCGGAGGGAACUUAUGAAUUCUUUAAUUCCACCUUUGAUGACUCUGAAAAUAAUACUCACGAACUUAUAAUUGUCCCAGAGAAUAAAGAUUCUCUUCAAAAUAUUUUUGAGGCUAUUUCGGCCUGCCAACCACUUCAUCCUGUUAAAGAAGAAAACGCCACUCUCUUUUCGCAAGAAGAGCAUAUUAUAAACCAUAUAAACCCAUUUUUUCAAGUCCCUGACACCUCUCAGAUAGAACUAGAUGCCCUUGAUGAAGAAGGGAAGUAUGACGAUGCCGAUUGAUAUAUAUAU